AUGAUUCAUCGAAACCUUCGAUGCUAUUCAACAGCAUUAAGGGAGUUAGAUAAGAAGUGGAUACAGAGAUGGAGAAAUAUGGGACCUGGGCUUAAUCCCAAGAAGUUCCAAAAUUCUCCAGACGCUGAAACUUUCUACGCUUUAGUGAUGUUCCCAUAUCCAUCAGGUGUAUUACAUAUGGGUCAUGUAAGAGUUUAUACUAUCAGUGAUGUAAUUUCCAGAUUUAAAAGACUCCAGGGAUAUAACGUCAUCCAUCCUAUGGGCUGGGACGCUUUUGGGUUACCAGCAGAGAAUGCUGCUAUAGAAAGAGGUAUCAAUCCUAAAGUAUGGACAGAAACUAACAUUGAAAAAAUGAAAAGUCAGAUGGAUUCAGUUCUUGUAGACUUCGAUUGGGAGAGAGAAUUAUCCACAUGUUCUCCUGAUUAUUAUAAAUGGACACAAAAGAUCUUUUUGUUAUUGUAUGAACAUGGUUUGGCUUAUAAGAAAGAAGCUGAGAUCAAUUGGGAUCCUAUAGAUCAAACCGUGUUGGCCAAUGAACAGGUCGAUAGUAAUGGGAAAUCAUGGAGAUCAGGAGCUUUGGUUGAAAAGAGGAACUUGAACCAAUGGUUUAUUGGUAUCACUAAGUUUGCUGAAGCCUUGAAUAAGGAUUUAGAUAUUCUUGAUCAAUGGCCCGAUAAAGUGAAGGCCAUGCAAAAAAAUUGGAUUGGAGAAUCCAAAGGAUCACAAGUAAAGUUUCCUUGUGGUGAUGGUGAAAUAGAAGUCUUCACAUCCAGACCUGAUACUUUAUUCUCCGUUCAAUAUCUUGCCUUAUCAUUGAACCAUCCUUUGGUGGUAAAGGCAUCAGAAAAUGAUUCAAAACUUCAACAGUUCAUUGAAACAGCUCAAAAGUCACCCCAGGAUUCUAAAGAUGGAUACCUUUUGGACUUAAAGGCUUCAUUACCUAUUGAUACCACCAAUAACAAAUGUACUGAUUACAAAAUCCCAGUAUAUGUGGCACCUUAUGUACUUUCUUACGGUACGGGAGCUGUCAUGGGAUGUCCAGCUCACGAUACGAGAGAUUUUGAGUUCUGGAAAGUUCAUAAUCCUAACUAUUCUCCUUUGGUAACAGUUGCACCGGAAAAUUUACGUGAUAAUUGGGACUUACCAUAUACUCAAAAGGGGGUUUUAUGUGAUAAUUCUACCAUAACUAACGGUGUGGACGAUUUAGGGGCUUACAAAGGUAUGAGUUCCGUUCAAGCAGGGGAAACUAUCACCAGUACACUUGAAAGUUUAGGAUUAGGUCAAUUCAAAACCAAUUAUCGUAUCAGAGAUUGGUUAAUCAGUAGACAAAGAUACUGGGGUGCACCUAUACCUAUGGUUUAUUGUGAUGACUGUGGUACUGUUCCUGUCCCGGAUAAGGAUUUACCUGUGAUGUUACCUGAAGUUACCGGAGAAACCUUUUCUAGAGGUAAUACUUUAGAUAAGAUGGAUUCAUUCAAACAAACUACAUGUCCUUCUUGUGGAGGUCAUGCUACUAGAGAUACUGAUACCAUGGAUACGUUCAUGGACUCAUCAUGGUAUUUUUUCCGUUACUUAGAUUCUCAAAAUAGUGAAAAGCCUUUUGAUUCCCAAAAAGUCGCCAAUAUGCCUGUCGACAUGUACAUAGGAGGAGUUGAACACGCUAUUUUACAUUUGUUAUACAGUAGAUUCAUCAGUAAGUUCUUGGGAUCUAUAGGAUUAUGGGAAGGUAAGGAAUUGAAUAAUGAACCUAUCAAACAUUUAGUCACUCAAGGAAUGGUUCAAGGUCGUACAUUUACUGAUCCCGAAACCGGAAAGUUCUUAUUACCUUCAGAAAUUGAUUUGACUGAUGCUUCUAACCCCAAGAUCAUUAGUAAUGGUAAAACUCCCAACAGUUCAUAUGAGAAGAUGUCGAAAUCCAAACAUAAUGGAGUUGAUCCUGGAGAAACCGUUAAGAAGUAUGGAGCCGACGCUGUUAGAGCACAUAUUUUAUUCCAAGCACCUAUAGAAGACUCUUUGAAUUGGAAUGAGGAUCAAAUUCAAGGCGUGGACCGUUGGUUACGUAGAGUCAUUUCUAUGACCGAUACUUUGACGUCAAAAGAACCAAAGGGCGAUGUCGCAAGGAAACCUUAUGAAGAUAUAACGUUGAAUGGUAAGCAUUAUCGUCAACUUGAAUUGUCAGAUAAAGAAGUAGAGUUAUUCAAUGAAGCCAAUAAGUUGAUUAAACAAAUCGAUACUUCCAUUAAUGUGGACUUAUCGUUCAACACGGUGAUUUCUGAUCUCAUGAAAUACGCCAAUGCAUUGAACAAUGCUUUGAAAAGUAAGGAACCUUUCAACCAACAACUUCUUUUGGAUCUUUACCAGAAACUUUUGGUGAUAAUGUCGCCCAUAACCCCUUGCGUUGCCGAAGAGGCUUGGGAGAUAUUAUGUUCCAAAUUAGGAAAUCCUUGGACUUCAGUUCUUCUUCAACAGUUCCCCGAAACUAAAAUCAUAGAAAACGAUGUCAUGAAUUAUAAUAUCUUUGUCAAUGGUAAAGCGAGACUCGUGAUCCUGAAACAUAAGAAAUGGUUUGAAGAAGACGUUGUUGAAGAACUUUUGAAUCAUGAAACCAUUGGUAAAUUUGCUACCAAAGAUACCAUCAAGAAAGUCAUCAAGAAACCUGGAAUGAUUUCUCUUGUAGUAUAG